UCACAGCUAUUCUCAAACGCAUUCCAAACGUGGGGUCCGUGGGGGGUCACGUCAGCUGAGCGGGUAAACACGGCGCGGCGGGUCGGGUCGUGCCAAGGAGAGGAGGCCGUGUAGUGCCAGAGUCCAGCGGGGGUGCCAUCCGAGGGCAGCGUGGCGUGCUCUUAUCUCUACCCCGGGGACGGCGACGACGCUUGGACCUUCACCCUGAACAACCUACGGGCGAGGGGACACCAUGGGGACGCAGAAGUACGCGGACAGCAUACGACUUCCUGACACAGAUCUUGUGUUUAGGAACAUUAGAAAUGCCAAGCGUUUUGCCAUUGAUAUAGGUGGAUCCCUAACCAAGAUUGCUUACUACUCCACAGUAUCCCAUAGAAAAGUCUUAUAUAAUGCAGAUAAUGAUGGUACCUCAUCAAGUGAUGGAGGUGACUACCAUUAUGAGAGUUCUGAGACUGAACGGCUGCAUUUUGUCAAGUUUGAAACCAAAUAUAUUGAACACUGGCUCGACUUUAUUCGGAAACACCUGGUGUGCAGCAAAGAGUCCAUGCUGGGGAAGAGCAUCAAGGCCACUGGGGGCGGGGCCUACAAGUUUGCAGAGUUGAUUCAACAAAAACUGGGACUCAUGGUAGAAAAGGAAGACGAGAUUGGUAGCCUCAUCAAGGGCUGUAACUUCCUGCUGCGUAACAUCCCAGAUGAGCAGUUCUCAUAUAGCAGACACGAAGACCCAGAGUACCGAUUCAUCAACUCUGAGCCAAAUAUUUUCCCCUACCUCCUUGUCAAUAUUGGAUCAGGAGUGAGCAUAAUGAAGGUAGAAGCUGAUGACAACUAUGAGAGAAUUGGAGGAACCAGUAUGGGAGGUGGGACCUUCUGGGGCCUGGGCUCCCUGCUCACCAAGGCCAAGGGGUUCGAUGAGCUCCUGCAGCUGGCCAGUGAAGGCGAUCACCGCAAUGUUGACUUACUUGUGAAGGAUAUCUAUGGAGGUGAUUACAGUGCCUUAGGGCUAACAGGAGGGACCAUAGCAUCCAGCUUUGGGAAGGCAAUGCAUCAUGGACACAGUAAAAGUGAUGGAAGUCCAGGCAAGGCAUGCUCGAGGUAUGGAGGCUGGGGCAGCUCAAGUACAGUUCUCCAGUGGUUUUCAGAAGCAGACAUUGCAAGAAGUUUGCUGUUUACUGUCAGUAAUGAUAUUGGACAGAUUGCUUCUUUGUAUGCAAUGCUUCAUGGACUGAAAAAGGUGUAUUUCGGGGGUUAUUUUCUCCGUAACCACCCAGUCAGCAUGCAUACUAUCAGCUUUGCAAUCAACUAUUGGAGCCGGGGAGCUGUCCAAGCACUCUUUUUGCGGCAUGAAGGCUAUUUAGGAGCCAUUGGGGCAUUCUUGCUGGGAGCUGAAGAAUGUGACACUGAAAAGUAUUCUUGGGGUGAAAACUACGCUGGGUCAUCCGGCCUACAGUCACCCCUCCCUCACCCUGCUGUUGGUGGGUGGCCGGGGGGGACAAUUGAUCAGUUAGAGAUGGACCGUUGUGACCAACAGCUGGCCUUCUUUCCCCUCCUCGCCUGCCCUAAGGAGUAUGUGCCAGACACUGUUGAUCUUACCAAGGAUAAGGAAGCCAGGGACUACUGGCUCUCCUGCUUUGAAAGCUCUCUUGAAAGUUUUGUGGAUCGAGCUAUCUCCUCGCAGCCUAACAUUCCAGACAGUCAAGAAAGAGCUAAUAAGUUUCGGGAUAAGUAUCUUCAGAGACUACGAAACUUAAAGAAUCAUCCAUUCGCAUAUGGUAACCUGACUGUGCGAAGUCUUCUGGACAUGAGGGAACAUUGCCUCAUUGAGUUUGACUUCCCAGACCCUUACCUCCAACAAAAAAAGAUGGAGAAUGAAUAUGCUUUGAAGCUGCUUAAAGACCACCUGGAGAUGCUGGACAAACUGGAGUAUGAUGGGCGACAGGAGGCACUAGUGCGAGGAUUUCUGGCAGGCAAUGUAUUUGACUGGGGGGCUAAGGAGGUUGUGAAACUUAUGGAGCAGGGCCUGGGCUUCACUGAAGCUGGAGAUAAACUCCAAAAACGUCCUUGGCUUCAUGAUGACCUGGAUGCUUGGGUGAAGAGGCAGCAGCAGGCCCCCUACAAAUGUGCCAUUAUCUUUCUGGACAAUUCAGGCUGUGAUGUUGUGCUUGGAAUCAUACCAUUUGCUCGAGAGCUGCUUCAACGAGGAACAAGGGUUGUGCUCUGUGCCAAUAGUAAGCCAGCACUGAAUGAUGUAACAGCUCAGGAGCUCCUCAUGGUGAUGAAACAAGUGACUCUUCUGUGUCCUGUUUUGCGUGAACACCUAGAGGCAGGAACCCUGUGUGUACGAGAGUCUGGUCAAGCCUCUCCAUGCCUGGACCUCAGUCGGCUUCCACUUUCACUUGUGGAUGAGCUAGUGGAUUGGGGGUGUGACCUUGUUGUGGUGGAGGGGAUGGGCAGAGCCAUUCACACCAACCUACUCACCUCCUUCACUUGUGAUUCACUCAAGUUGGCUGUAAUCAAGAACAGGUGGCUGGCACAAAGACUCGGAGGGGAAAUGUUUUCUGUCAUGUGCAAGUAUGAAGUUGGACGUGUCAGAUCCAGUGCUGCCUCAAAAGCAGCAUCACAUAGCAUGUCAGUGGCUUCGUUAUGAAACAUGUAAAUAUAAUAUGAAUUUAUGUAAAUUGAGAGGUAGGGAUAAAAAGAAACUAGAUUUUACCUUAUAUCUUCUCAAUAUAAUUUUUCCUAAUUACUUUAUUGGUAUAGCAUUUUAGUGCAGAGUAAGUUUUGGGUUACUCAUGUAUGUUUUAUUGAAUGUUAGGUCCACAUAAACCAAUCAAAUGGCAGCCACGGUCUAUAGGUUGAGUUGUUAGUGAGUAGCAUUGUAGAGUAAGUUAUGUUGCAAGAAUCCUUCAGGUGCAGCAAAUGGGUGUGGGUCAAACAUUUCCUGAAGCCAGUAAGCAAACAAAACAUUGGAAUGUGACAGAGAGGUGAAUUCCUUUCCAGUGUCAUCAUUUCUCAUUAACAGAAUUAUUUCAGAUUCAUAGUUUUCAGUGCAUCACAUUAUAUUCCAGAAAUGCGAUCUAUAUUUUAAAUUUUUCAUUGUUGUACAGUAUUUAAAGAAACCAUUGCUAAUUAAUAACCUAAACCAUAAAUGGUAUUGAUUUUCAGUAAACUUUUAUACAUUUUUAAUUAUAAUUUGGUAUUUUCUUACAAGAAUAUUUUCGAGCUCUAGAUAUGGUUAUGUUUUGAAGGAAUUUAAUAAAAGAUAGGUGGUUGAUGAGCUGAAAAUAAAAGUAUUUUUGCCUGGCUGACUAAGAGAGGUGGUUGAGCUUUUCUUAGAGAUUUAUAUCCAUUUUUAUCAGAUAAAGAUAAAUAAUACAAUUCA